UGAAGACUGAGGACCAUGACGAUGAACCACAAGCAGACAGCCUCUUUGCUCCGCUAUCAGACAGCGACGACACGUCACACUUUGAGGUUGAAGACGGACGCCACAGCCAAGAACCUUUGAGCAGCGAUGCAGACUGUGAAGGAAGAAGCCAACUGGGACACUUGUUGCAGGGGCGGACAAAAUGACUGUACAAUCUGGAAAGCAGCAGAAGAUCCACUGACCUGAUUUGCUUGGUUCUUCUCCGGUGAAGUUGAACAUGAAUGAAACGGCGCUUGCAUCGGAUUUUACCGAUACCCACAAACGCAUCGCGAUGAAUCUGGAUUUCACCCGUCAAUUGCGUCCAUACCCAGUGAAUGAGCCGAUGCACUCGCAUCGCGCGCAUGCGCAUGGAUUCAUAUAGUUCAUUUUCCACACCCUUAAUACACACCUGCGCUGUCUAUACCGCCGCAAGAUGGCAGAAGAGUGACGUCAUGGAUAGUUCCGCUGCCGUAAAGCCGCCAUCGAAGAAGAAAAGGCGGAAGUUGGCACGCGCAGCCGUUUUCCCCCCAAUUGAUUGCCGCAGGUGUUUGUGGAAGUGAAGUUGCGCCCUUUAGAACACAAUUGACGCCAUGAAAUUCUUGCUUUUUGUACGGUGACACCAAAAACAAGAUAAUGGAGAAUCGAUCGUAUACCGGCACAGUCGGAGGAGUCGGUAGCUUGGUGAAGCUCAAACUGUGGCCAGAAAUGUUGCUUUCAGUCCCGGUUUCUGCCGCCGCUGUUGUGGCUGUCGGUGUUUUUUGCGCCUUUCUGGACCCCAUAUUGCAAGAGCUACAGGCAGAAAGGGUCAUUGAAGAUGAUGGGACAGAGGUAAGGAUGUUAGUAGGUUUCUGGAGUAUCCUGGUUCUGUCAGUAUUAGCAGGAUCCAUUUGCUGUUUCUUCUCAUGGACCGUGGCCUACCUAAAUAACUACAAAGCCAACAUGGUGCCCCCAACAGUCCCGCUCCUAUGCAGAGACGCCCUUGAGCAAGGUUUGCUCUUGGAUUAUGGUGUUGCUGUCCUUAACGGAGUCAUGGCAUCACUUACAGUCAUCUGGAGCCUGACCUAACAAUACCUGAUGUUUAUAUUCAUACUACAUAAAUGCGUGCAAAACUACAAUGUUAGAUUUAAUCCUCUUUUACAGUAUAGAAUAAUAAAAUACACUAUUAUGGAUUAUAAAAUAAUUGUGUACAUUUAAGUAUUUUAUAGUUUAAAGGAUGAACAUACUAUUUUUUUAAAUGUCAACAAACAAAUUAGUCAAUGACAAAAUGCAAAAUUUUGAAAUAAAACCUUUUAUUCUU